AUGCCCCUAUCCCGCAAAAAGUCGUGUGUACCCUGCCGCCGAUCCAAAGCACGGUGCGACCAGAAAUUGACCUGCUCGCGAUGCAUCACUCGCUGCAUCGACUGCGUAUACGAGGGCGAGGCACGCGUCUCUCCCUAUCUAUGGACACCCGCCGCGACCGGGGUUGAGAUGGAUCCCUGGAUGCCCAGUGAAUCCUCCUCGAUUGCGACGAUGACGGUUGACGCAACCCAGCCCCUGCUUGACGACCUCGAUUGGCUUCAAAAGUCGCCUGAUAUAGAUUUCGCGGACAGUAUGAAGCUUCUUGCACCUCAGGCGCUACCAGUCGUAGCGCUUGAGGCCUCUGUACCAGGGGAAGACGCGAGAUCAGGCGCUAUCCCAAAGUCUGCACCAACAAGGGACCUCUCACGGCCGUUGUCAGGAGUAUUUCCCACCACAAGCCCCGAGACCCAACUCGUCUCAGAAACCCGCGGGCCCUUGCAACGACGCUUCUUUUGGCGCCACUGCGUCCUCUCGAACAUCAUUGUCGGUCAGAUGACCAGCUACCCCAAGCUUAUGGUCGAAGGCGACACGUUGCCACCCUUCAUCACACCUCCCUGCUUUAUCCGUGAAGAUCUAGCUCCUGAGUGCGGCGAAGCAGGACGCCAUUGCUGUCUUCCCGAGGACCUCUCCGUCUGCGCCAGCUUGGUCCGGAUGUUCUACGACCGGUCCGCGAGUACUCGAGCGUAUGCGUGGAAGAGCAUAUAUGCCGAGGCGGAGAAGCUGCACGGCAAUUACUUGCUAUACGACAUUAACCGGCAACUCACCGUCCUCCAAGCCCUAGUGGUCUACACCCUCCUACAAGCCGGUGAUCCAGCGACAGCCGAGGAGAACGGAGCAGGCCGUCUCCUAACUCAAGUCCAAAACGUCGCAGGCCACCUCUCAGGCACCAUCAUCUGGAACGGCGAAAUCUCCCGCAUCCGCCCACAGCGCACCGAAUGGGUCUACGUCGAGUCCCUCAUCCGUAUAGUGACCACCCUCGGCAUCCUCGACAUUCUCCUCGAGGGCAUCCGCACGCAGUCCCAACAGGACAUUCACCACGGCGUCUGUGCGUUCCCCCUACCGAGCCACCGCGAGCUCUGGUCCGCGCGCAGCAACCGCGCCUGGCGGGCGGCGUUUGGUCGGUACGCGACGGCCCGCAAAGGGAACAAGAUCAUUACAGCGACGGAUCUCGUGGAUUACGAUGCUAUGGGGUUUUUGACGGAUACAACGGUGAGUGCCAUGAUUUCGGAUGAUGUCGCGGAUGUCAUGUUUUGGGCUGAGAAUGUUGAUGCUCUUGGGUCGCUGGUGUGGAUGAGCCUGGCCUUUAUGCGCUUCACGAGGCAGGAGUCAUUGGUGGGUAGCUGA